AUGGAGGAGAGUUCAUUGCUCUUCGAGAUUUUCUUGCUUCCAAAGGAAUUACCCAUCUCACUUCCCCACCUCACACCCCUGAACACAACGGAUACAGAAACCAUUCCUUCUGCGCCUCCUUUCACCAUUAUACCCACAAACCUUCCACUCAUAGAUGCUCAAUCCACGGCUCCGCCAGCGUCAUCCGCCAGGGUCUCUAGCUCAGACACCUCACCACCGUCACCACUGUCGCCACCGUCGCCUCCGUCCGUUCACCAGUCGCCACAUCCACCGGCACUCUCUCCAAUUCCGACCAAUGCUCCGUCGUCUCCAGCGACUUCGACAUCAUCUCCCAAUACCUCUGUCACACAGACAUCGAAUGAUGCCUCCGAUGAUUCUCCGUCUCAUGAAUCAGGUCCAACCACAGAAAAUCAAAACCAAAAUCCCAUAGCCCAACAAGGCCCAAUACAAAACCCUCCACCUCAAGAGCCCAUAAAUCGCCACCAAAUGACCACACGGUCCAAAAACAAUAUUACUAAGCCCAAACAGAAGUUUUCCCUUAUGGCCAAACUCAUCACCUUCACGGACAAAGAACCUCGUACCCUCAAUCAAGCUCUCAAAUCCGAACACUGGAGACGAUCGAUGUCGACAGAAUACAAUGCCCAAAUCGCGCUUCGUACGUGGGAUCUUGUGCCGCCAUCACAAGGUCAGAAUAUCAUCGACACAAAAUGGAUAUACCGGAUCAAGCAUCUCGCCGACGGAACUUUGGAUAAAUACAAAUCUCGUCUGGUCGCUCGUGGAUUCAAUCAGCAGGAAGGAAUUGAUUUUGGAGAAACGUUCAGCCCUGUGAUCAAAUCCACUACCACUCGAACGAUUCUCAAGAUUGCGAUAUGUAAAGAUUGGUGUCUUCGGCAACUUGAUGUGAAUAAUGCAUUUUUGCAGGGCACUUUAGAUGAAGAUGUUUUUGUGCGACAACCUCCUGGAUUUGUGGAUCCAGACAAGCCUGAUUAUGUCUGCAAGCUGCGCAAAGCCUUAUAUGGCUUAAAACAAGCUCCAAGAGCAUGGUACAUGGAGCUUAAGCGCUAUCUUGAAGAGAUUGGUUUCAAAAACUCUCUAGCUGAUACCUCGUUGUUCAUUCUCAAGCAACGAUCUACUCUCGUCUAUGUUCUCGUCUACGUAGACGACAUCGUUGUCACCGGAAACAACAAGGAAGCGGUUGAGCAAGUCAUCACCAAUUUGGCCACUCGCUUCUCAGUAAAAGACUUGGGUGCUUUGUCUUAUUUCUUGGGUAUUGAAGCUAUUCGCACUCCGCAGGGUCUUCAUUUGAACCAACGCAAGUAUAUUCAUGAUUUGCUGGCUAAGAUGAAUAUGCACGAUGCAAAACCAGUAGCCACUCCUAUGGCUGUAUCUCCAAAGCUAGAAAAGUCAGGAGCUCUCCACUCAAAUCCAACAGAAUACAGAACAUUGUCACCAACGACGGACCAUUGGCAAGCGGCAAAACGCGUCCUGAGAUACUUAGCUGGCACAGCUACACAUUGUCUCUUCAUCAGCAAGUCUCAGAAUCUUAAUGUCCACGCAUUCACAGAUGCUGAUUGGGGAGGUGAUUCAGACAACUAUAUGUCGACAAAUGCUUAUAUCGUUUAUCUUGGAGAUCAACCCAUUUCAUGGUCAUCCAAGAAGCAAAAAGGCGUAGCUAGAUCAUCAACAGAAGCGGAAUAUAGAGCUCUUGCCAACACAGCAGCAGAAGUCCGUUGGGUAUGCUCUCUUAUCUCUGUACUUGGUCUCAAUUUCACUAUGUCAUCUCCUCCGGUGAUCUACUGUGACAACAUUGGGGCCACCUACCUCUGUGCUAAUCCCGUGUUUCACUCUCGGAUGAAGCACAUCGCCUUAGACUAUCACUUUGUUCGGGAACAGAUUCAGAAUGGUAUGCUUCGUGUAGCUCAUAUCUCUACACAUGAUCAACUUGCAGACGCCCUAACAAAGCCUCUAGUGCAAUCAUGUUUUCAUCUCCUGAAGCGCAAGAUUGGAGUUUCGCAAGCCCCUCCAUCUUGA